AUGUCGUUUGGACUCGAUGCUUGGUAUCAGCCGCCUCCAACAGUCAACGCUCAAGAAUUGACGACUCUCCCCACGACAUUCCGGCGCUUGGGUCUAUCCGAGCAUUCUCAAAACCAGAAGAGAGGCCGCCCACUGGACAGCUUCUUGGAAGGACCCUUCGUGAGAGGGAACUCGCUCUAUCUAACUGAUAUACCCUAUGGCCGGAUUUUCGCAGUCGACCUCCUUACGAAAGAGUGGAGUUUAGUUAUCGAGUAUGACGGGGAGCCACAUGGCCUUGCUUGGCAUGAACAACGUCAGCAGAUUAUUAUUGCAGAUUUCAAGCAGGGUGUUCUGGCCUUGGAUGCCGCCACUAAGAAAAUCUCAACAGUCAUGAAUCGAUUCAACGGAGAACGUCUCAAGGGUCCCAAUGAUUUGGUUAUUACCCAGGGCGGUAGUAUCAUAUUUACGGAUCAAGGCAUGUCUAGUCUACAGGAUUCCGCCGGAAGAGUCUAUCGCAUACAGCCAGAUGGUAGAACCGAUAUUUGCUUCGGAAUUGUCCCUCUCCCAACGGCCUUGUCCUUGAUGCGACCGAAACUUCACUAUUUGUGGCUAUGA